AUGGCGGAAUUCUUAGUGGUGGACUGCCCGACCACGUACAACGUCAUCCUUGGAAGGCCAAUCCUGGAUGAUUUAAGCGCAAGCACAUCGGUGCGCUACCAAGCAAUGAGAUUUUUGACUUUCGGGGGAGUUGUGACGAUCAGGAGUUGUACCAAGGAAUCUCAAGAAUGCUAUAACCGAGCUAUAAACGCUGCACAGAAAUGGCCACACCCAAAGACAAUGAUCAUCGCAGAAUCCAAGUUGAACCCCGAGCCACUAAAGGACAUUAUAGAUCCUCGCAUCCAUAAAGAAGAGCCCGCAGUUAGACCGACCGAAGAGUUGCUAAGAAUAAGUGCUAGUGAGGAAGAUCUAACUCGCGUGCUAAAAAUCGGCAACAACUUGACCAGAGAAAUGGCUGAUAAUCUGGUCGAGUUCCUAAAAUGGAACCUCGACGUAUUCGCAUGGGUGCACACAGAUAUGGUUAGGAUCAGCCCCGAGGUGAUGUGCCACAUGUUGAACCUCGACCCACAGGCUCAGCCCAUAAGGCAGAAAAGAAGGGCCAUUGAUGCAGAGCGCUCUCAGGCACUCAAGGAUGAAGUUGAAAAACUCCUAGAAAUCAACUUCAUCAGGGAAGUCAAGUACCUCGACUGGCUCGCCAAUCCAGUCCUAGUCAAGAAGUCAAACGACAAGUGGCAAACUUGCGUCGACUUCACGAAUUUGAACAAAGCCUGUUUGAAAGACAAUUUUUUGCUACCAUGGAUUGACAAGCUAGUAGAUGUGACAGCAGGAAAUGCACUAUUAUGCUUUAUGGAUGCAUACUCGGGAUAUAACUAG